GGUUCUGGAAAUAUCAUGGGAUCAUAGAACAACAACCCUAUGCUUCACUUUUGCGUUGCCCUUUCUGACUGAGCGUUAGCACGUUUCAUACCAUCGCAUACUAUAUUUCCUCUGCAUCACGACGAACUCAAAGGGAUAGCGGACACUUUAAUACCCCAUACCCGAAAUGAGCACGGCCGUCGACGCACUACCCUUGUCGAAGAGUUCCGAUGCUCUACCUGAAGGGCGCAUUAUAGAGGCUCGACCUAGCAAGGGACCGUUAGAUUUAUCAUCAAUUCCACGAAGCGGUUCAGGACUGCCGUCACAAAUACAACAGUCAGAAGGAUCCAAUCGCAUCAGCAAUCCGAUACGAGCGAUAAAACCACUUGUGAUUCUCUGGAUUACCAAAGUCUUGCAACUAGGUGGAGAGACUCUCGAAGUAACCCAGGAUGACACAAUAUGGAAUGAGCUGCGAUAUGGACAACUUCCUUGCAAAGCGCUCAACGCUCUUUCUCCUAAAACUGUGCGACAUAUCAAUUCCGAAAGAAGUCCAAUGGCAGCCCUAGAAAAUCUCGCGGCAUUCUCUACUGGGCUAACAACAUUUGGCAUCAACAAGACUGGUUCCUUCCGGCCAAUGGAAUUUGUCAACGCGAGUCCAGUUGGCGAUGAAGGAAUGGUAAAGGCUCUAGCUGCAUUAGCGGUUCAUGUAGCAUCUUCGAUGCAGAUAUCCGUCCCAGAUGUGCCCAUCGAUAGAAUACGAUAUCUCUUGGAAGGUGGGGACGAAUGUGAACCAGCAUUGUUGAAUGGAGCGUAUGCCGCAGACCAAAUUGAGGAUGCCGAAGGGCAAAAUGGGCGAAAUGGAAGCCAGGACUCAUUGGAGAGAUUACUAGACAAACUUAAAACUGUGGAAAGUAAUCAAUCUCGUGUCUUCCGACGGGCUGCAACGGCCGAACUAAAGCUGCGACACACUAUCCGCGGAAUAACAGACCCCUCUUACCGACAGCAAGAAUCAGCUACCGAAGAUGCAAAGGAGGCGAUACAAAAAGCAGACUCUCUAGCGGAUGAACUCAUUUCCACGAUCGGCAGAUUACUGCAAAACGUCAAAGAUCUUGAAACAUCACAGCAGAAUAUUUUAGGGAAGGUGGGGAAUCUAGCGCUUGCAGAGAGAAUAGCCACGAUCGAUGAGGAAGUAUCGUCUUCGGCGAUGGACUUUGGGAUGCCAAUUCCACGGCGAGCAAUGUCAGUUAUUACCGACAGCGAUAGACAGAAGUCGCAGAGUUCUAUCUCCCUUGCCUCCGAACCUAGCUUUGUUGAUGCCUCCAAAACCCGAAUGUCGAUCGACUCGGCGGCACCCGCGGCAUCACCAGGCCCACCAAAGACGAUGUUUUCAAAGCUCCCACCAGAGGUGGCAGGGGCAAAUUUACCCAAGCCGGAGCUCAUGCGUCUAUCAGCUGUUUACGAGCUUAUUGAAACAGAAGCAGACUACGUUCGGGAUCUUUCUCUAAUGAUUAAUUUCCACAAACCGCAGCUACAAGAAACACAAUUGCUCACUGAGGAAGAAAUACAAGCGCUCUUCUCAAAUAUCGAUCAGUUAGUCCCAGUCAAUCAGCAACUGCUUGAUCGAUUGCAUGAGAAGCGAGACACUGAUCCGUUCAUUCCAGAAGUUGGAGAUGCAAUCGUUGAUGUAUCAGAGUCCUUCAAAGUGUACACAAUAUAUUGCGGCAAUUAUCCUGAAGCUAUGAAACUCGUCCACAAACUACAAGCCCGACCAGAUUUGAAAGAAAAGUUGGAGACUAUGAUGAACAGUCAAGAGGGGCGAGGGUUGAGUCUCGAAUCAUUUCUGAUUAAACCUGUGCAGCGGAUAUGCAAGUAUCCUCUGCUCAUUCGGGAGCUGCAAAAGCACACAGACAAGCUCAGCAAAGACACAAUCUCGCUUAAUCUCGCUAUGACAAAGAUCGAAAGCGUCGUAGCACUUGUAAACGAGUACACCAGACAGUUGGGCGAACGCGAAAGGAUUGCAGCCUUGCAAGGACGAAUUGACUCACCAACGCCUCUCGGGCUGCAGGACAAGAAGCAUGUGCGUGAUGGACCGUUGGCACGAGCUGUCAAUGGCAAACCGAGAGAGAGAUAUGCACUUCUCUUCACGGACGUUCUGCUUGUUUGCACUCCUCUCAAGGGCGGGCGCUAUGUUCUAGAGUCGGUGUAUGACGUUGCAGACCUGGCACUCAAGGUUGAUGCGAAAGGAGAGGGGGUACCGAAGGGGAUGAAGCACGGCUUUCAAAUAACUGGAACAGCAGAUCGAAAAGACUUGAUUUUCGCUGCAGCAUCGGAGGAUGACCGUCAAAAGUGGAUCGAUGCUUUCAACACUGCCAUAAAGGUUGCAGCAGAAGAGUCACGAAAAGCAGACAACAUCAACAAACGCAUGUCAACGGGUGCCUUCCUCGCCCACCAGUUCAAUUCCGCACAGGACGACUCAGAUCGAGGGAGUGUGCGUCCUAGCAGUUGGUCCAUGGGAAUGGGUGGUAGGCGACCAGUAUCGCGAGCAGGAAGCACACUCGGAGUAGGCGGAUCAUUGAGAGGGACGCUCAAAGGAUGGGGUACGCUGCGAAGAAAAGACGUAGACUUUGCGAAUCUGAGUCAGGGUUCAAUAGAUGUUGGACCAAAUGCUGGCUAUUCAGAAACGGACAUGGGAGGAUAUGUGGAGCCUGAUAUGGUGGAUAUUGGCGGCCAAAUAUGGAAGAAAGCUACAUCUGCUAUGGGAACGACUUACUACUACAACACGGAUACAAAGGAAGCGAUGUGGCGACUACCGGAGAACUACAUCAUUCUCGACCCAGAGACUGGCAAACCGUUUCCAGAAGAUUCGGAAAAUGCAGAGGAAGUUCCAGAUGAGGGUGAGGACGUAGACUCGGGAGAUGAAACGGAACUUUCCGGAGUAGAGUCAGUGGAAGGGUAUCCCGACUGGCGAAAAGUAGACCGCGGAGAUGAGCAGAUAUACUAUUUCAAUGUCAUAACCCAAGAGACAAGCUGGACGCCGCCAAAUGGCGAGAAUAAUACGGAAAGUGGGGUAGCAGAUACAUAGGCAGUAUUUCAAAGAUGUGUACCGAAUGUCAAUAGGAAGCUUUUGCUGGC